CGGUUCAUUGUUCGGCCCGGUUCGCUGUGGUUCGGGUGGCGGCCGACCCACUCAGUUAGCAACAUCUGGAUCACGUCUCAAGUUUCGAGUCGUGAUUUUGCCGUUUGCCAUCAGCAUUGGCCGUGUCACCAUGCGGUAGCCUAUUCCUGAGGCGUGGUGUCCUUUUUACUAUUGUACGGGUGUCCAGAAUCUACAUUUUUUACACCUUACACACCAUGUAAAAAUCGAGAUCUCUCACUUUUUUUACUGUUGUGUAGCCAGUCGCCUGCAGUCUGUUGCGUUAACGACGUACGCGUCCCGGCUGAUAUCGCAAACAUGGCGGAACACGAUCCGCGGGUACUUUCUUACCGGCACUUGGCGAAGAAGAGCCGUGCAGAUGAGGCCUUGACGACGUUGAAAAAGAUUGCGUCUGUGGUAAAGCCGAUUAUGCGGGCGCAUAAGUGGAAGGUCAAGGAGUUGGCCGAGUUUUAUCCUUCUAAUCCGAGUCUACUUGGCGUCAAUGUCAACAGAGGAGCACAAAUCUGCUUGCGUCUAAGAUACCCUGGCGACGAAAACCAGUUUCUCCCCUUGGAUAAUGUCGUAGAUACGAUGCUUCACGAGCUGUGCCACAUGGUGCACGGCCCACACAACGCCGCGUUCCACGCCCUUUGGGAAAAGCUGCGUGAUGAACAUACGGAGCUUGUUAUCAAAGGGUUCACAGGCGAGGGCUUCCUCUCUGAAGGGCGAAGGCUGGGCGGCCUUGGCGGCAAUCUUCGCGAGCUGCGUCGGUUGUCCCGACAGGCUGUGGACAAGCGAUCCAACGUGAGCAAGGGAAGCGGCCAUCGUCUUGGAGGCAAAGCUCCAGCAUCGUCGAAGCAAGACAUGAGACAAGUGUUGGCAAAUGCCGUUGAAAGGCGGUCACAGACCACCCUCCAGGGAUGCGCUGCCGAGCAAGAGCUGAGCGACGCACAGGUUCUAGAUUUGAGCCAAUCAGCCACAAGCAACGGUUUCCGAACCCAAGCUGAGGAGGAUGAGGCGAACAAUCAAGCGAUAGCCGCAGCAUUGGUGGAACUGAUGGAGAUUGAGGAGCGCCACAUGGGCAAAGCAGCGAGAAUACCGGCCAGCUCAGUGCUGCUGGCUGGCGGUCGACGACGAGCUAGUGGUGGUGGUGGCGGAGGCGGCGGCAGUGGAAGCACCAUCACGAAGAGUAAUAAUAGUAACAACAGCCGUUUAUCAGGACAACGGGCAGCUGAUGGUACGGCAGGACGGAGAGACAACUCAGUGGCAGAUGGAUGGGCUUGCUCGAUUUGCACCCUGUAUAAUCCGCCAACUUACCUUUGCUGCGAUGCCUGUGGAGCAGCACGGUCCGAAAUGCGGAGUUCUGGAAUACCCCGAGAUGUAGACUUGAUAGAUUUGACAUAGUAUUUUAUGCAGUGGCGUUUUGAAUAUAUUUGAACAUGGGAUAUCUGCAGGCAGCGGUUGGCUGACUUCUCGGCAAUUAUAUGUAUAUCGGUACAUGAUGAGCAGUUGUUGUGUAGCUGUUUGGCUGUGUAGGGACAAUGUCGGCUCUCGCCUAGGCCGCCCUGUUGUCAGUUUGACUUGAAACGGCCGCAUAAACAAAGUAAAAAGCUUGUUAUGCGCCUCAAUGGGGAGAUAACAAAGGGGGAAAUAAAAAAAUAAAAAUAAAAAUUAGAACUCGGCCGAUGGCCAGCAGCUAUCAAAGUGUAGAUCCCUUUCCCAUUCAACGUUGGCGGUUGGCGUGCAUCGGCGCCGGGCCAGCAGGUGGUGGCGAGUUCAGUUUCUGGGCGGUGGGACCCUGGUGGUCUGGACCAGAGGCCCCGGCGCGGUCCAGACUUGCUCGCUUCCCAACACGAGAGACGCUGCUUGCCUUGGGAUCGUCCCACCAAUUGUACUGAGUGGGUAGGCUUGGAUUAGUAGGACGAGAGGGGGAAAAAUGGCUUUGACACUACAGUGACAAUGGCGG